GUAAUCUAAGACUUUUUCAUAUUUUCCAAACACUAAUUGAAGAAAAACAUGCAGGUAGUUGUACUGAAAUUAGAUGUUCAUUGUGAAAAAACCAAACAAAAAGCUAUGUCAACUGUAUGUUGUCUCUCAGGAUUAUUUUUUCUUUUGGUAUUGAAGGAGUUAACUCGGUGGAGGUGAAAGAUGGUAAACUAACGGUGACGGGAGAGAUUGAUGCCUAUAUGAUUGUGAAGAAAUUGAAGAAGAUAUGUCAUACCGAGUUUAUAUCGGUUGGACCGGUUAAAGAACCAGAGAAGAAGAAGCCUGAUGAUCCGAAGAAGCCUGAAACGAAGCCACCAGAUGUCAUUUAUCAUUAUGUCCCUCCAUGUCCACCUUAUUACCAUAAUUUCAACGGAUGUUACAAUGAAGAUCCCAACGCUUGCGUCACCUCUUGAAAACAAUAUUUUGGUCGGAUCAGUUUGGUUCACGAUAGUCAUCACUCAUCAGCUUCGUCGUAGUCUUUGGUUUUGUUCUAUUGUGAUUGUUUUAACUCUUUCAGUCCAGUCCAUUAUACACACUCAACAUGACUAGACCAAGGUUGCCACUCCCAGGCCCAUUUCUUGUUUUAAUUCCUUUUUUGUUUUCUUGUUAAUAACAUGCAUUUAAAUUUAGAUGACGACGCAUUAAUUGACCAUAUUUAACACAAA